CAAAUGAAAUCAGCAAGGAUGAAAUUAGUACGGGGGAAAAAAUUGCAAGUGAACACGGAAUAUUUCUGCAGUUCUCAAUCGGGGUGCUUCGACCCAGCGAAUCGGUGAUUGAAGCGGAAUUACACGUGUUUCGUUCGAAGCGAUUUCUUUCACCGAUGAAUGCAGAGGAAAACAAUGGACUUUAUCAGAUACACGUUUAUGAGCUGCAUCAUCGAAAGAAUACUUCAACUCCGAAAAAAUCCCAUCUAGUUUCUCACCUGGUGUCUACCAGCAGAGAAUCUUCCGGAAAUUGGGAAGUUUUCAACAUAGGCCACGCUUUGGCUUUAGAAGAGAGUCUUAAUUCCCUUUACGAUUCGAAAAACCGGGCCGAAAUCGAACUUUCAGUCGAGGCAACAACGACAAACGGGAAACCGUUGAAAUUGUCUCCAGAAACCGGACGCCAUUCAAAGCAACCGUUCCUUGUUUUAUACAACAUGGACGAAGUAUCUACUCGAAGUAAACGAUCAACGUCAAGCGAAAUCCAGUACCUGAAUUCCAGCUCCACGACUACCGAGUCAUCUUCGUCCCAUUCAUCAUCAGAAGCCACUGGCAUCACUUCCACGAUCCCUCUCAUCACGGACGAACCGAAUACACUUCCAGCACCUACGGAAUCUCCGCCACAACCGGAAGAUCAUGUGAAAACGAUGCCUUGUCAACGCUUGCCGCUGUACGUUGACUUCGAGCUCAUCGGCUUGGAGAACAUAAUUUCCCCGCGAGGUUACCAGGCAUAUUGGUGCCACGGUUCGUGUAGUUACCCGCUAGGCCAAGAGGUGUCACCGUCUAACCACGCAACAGUGCAAAGCUUUGCUCAUCACGUUGGAUUGAAAAGUUCGUAUGGGCCGAAACCGUCCGAGUUACAAAACGAAGAAGCGGAGGAGAUCGGUGAAAUCACACGAUACGCGCAACUGGAGAAUAUACCCGUCACAGCGCCGUGUUGCGUACCAUCUGGCUUGCUGUCGGUGUCGAUCUUGUUC